AUGGGAAUUGCUGGUUUUUACUUGUGGUUGCAGCGAUGGUAUGGUGACUGCAUACAAGAUGUUCCCGAGUCCAUUGUGGAUGCCGCCUUAAAGGGUCAUAUGCUUUCAGAAAAAGAAGAAAGUGCUAUGAGGCGAUAUGAUAAUUUGUAUCUUGAUAUGAAUGGCCUUAUUCAUCCUUGUUGUCAUGAUACAAAUCCAUUACCGGAACCAGAAUCAGAGGAAGAAAUGUUUGAACGCAUAUUUGCACAGAUGGAUCUUCUUUACAAAGUGGUACGUCCACGUAAAUGUCUUGUUCUCUGCGUUGAUGGUGUGGCUCCACAGAGUAAGAUGAACCAGCAGCGUAGUCGACGUUUUCGAGCUGCAGAGGAACGUUUAGAAAGUGAUGCUCUCUCUCAAGAGUGUGCAGAAGCCGUAAUGAAAAAAGGUCUUCCUCGUCCUAAUACAAGAGAUCGAUGGGAUCAUAAUGUAAUUACACCUUCUACAGCCUUUAUGGAACGGGUUGGACUUGCCAUUGAGUGGUUUGUAAUGAAAAAACUGAAUGAAGAUCCAGAUUGGCGACAUAUUACUGUAAUAUUUUCAGAUGCUCAUGUACCAGGAGAAGGAGAACAUAAAAUUAUGCAAUAUAUUAGAGGAUUACGUUCACAACCUGGUUAUGAUCCUCAUACAUCUCAUGUAAUUCAUGGAAUGGAUGCUGAUCUUAUUUGUUUAGGUUUAUCCACACAUGAAGAACAUGUAACUAUUUUACGCAAUCAACUUACAGAUACAUAUCAACCUGAUCACAAUCGUUUUUGCUACUUUAGUUUAUAUAAAUACCGUCAACGUUUAAAGGAAGAUUUUAGUAGUAUUGGUAAAAUGAAUUUUGAAAGAGUAUUGGAUGACUUUGUUUUUUUAUGUUUUUUUGUGGGAAAUGAUUUCCUCCCACAUGUACCUCUUAUUUCUAUUAAAACAAAAGGAAUUGAAUUAUUAUUGGAUCAUUAUGUGCGGAGUUUUGAAACUCAUUCCUACCUUACUAAUAAAGGUGAAGUUAAUUACAAUACAUUAUCAAAAUUUUUACGAAGUUUUGUACAAAAUUUUAUGGUGACACUUAAACGAGAAUAUGGAGGUGUAUUAAGAGCCAAAGAACGAGCCAAAGUAAAUGUUGAAGAACGUAUAAAACGAAGUGAAGAAGAACUUAAUGGUAUAUAUAAAUCUUUUGAUUCCAAGUGUAGUGAUGUGCAGGAAAUAAGUGAUGCUGCGCAUAAAAUAUUAUUAUCUAUUUUAAAAGAAAGAACACGUCUUGUUGCUGAUAAACAACCUUUAGGAUUUUCUUAUGUAGAUGAUAAUCAUCGUGAUGGUUAUUAUGAAAAUAAAUUUGGUUGGAAUCCAGAAAAUCGUGAAGAAUUUGAAGAAAAUAUUAAACUUUGUUGUGCAGAAUAUUUACGUGGAACUCAAUGGGUGAUGCGUUAUUAUACUACCGGGUGUCCUUCAUGGGAUUGGUACUAUCCAUUUCACUACGCUCCCCUUUUGCAGGAUCUUGCGCAGUUUACAGAUGUGGUGAAUGUAGAGAUGUCAUUAGGAACUCCACGACAUCCAGUGGUACAACUCUUAGCCGUAUUGCCGCGAUUAAGUGUACAUGCAUUACCAGAGGAAUUACAUGAAGCGGUAAAAGAUCCCGCAUCUGUGCUGGGUGCAUUUUAUCCAGAUAAAGUAGAUGUAGACUUUAGUGAGGCUUAUUUCUCUUAUCAAGGUGUAUUACGAUUACCAUUUAUUGAUAGUGUUCAACUUCAAUUGGCAUGUCAGAAGAUUGUGGAGUUGGAACCAGAUCAUGGUGUUACAUUACUACUCACACAUGAAUCCAGUAUACUGAGUCGAUCAUUAGAACAACUUUUAGGAAAAGAAAAAGAAGGAAAAGGAAAAAACACAACAACACUGCAUCCCAUUCCACGAACUAUAUCUAUGCAUAUGCCUAUUGCAGGAAGUGUUGGUUAUUAUGAGAUGGAAUGGCCACGGCAUGCUAAACUGGAAUGUCCAGAUCCUGGUAUGGCUAAGGAUACUUCAUAUGGGAAACCUAUUAAAGAUAAUGCCGUACGUUGCUAUCAUUAUGAAAUGAAGAAGGAUGCCAAGUAUAAACCUGAACUUCUGCGAAGUAAGAGAGAUUCCUCAGAGGUUACUUCUUCUUCUCCCACACGGGCGGUACAAACAACAACAACUACAAAGAAUAAUAAUAAUAAUAUGAAAAAGAAGAAACAUCAAGAAGAAGUAUCUCGAUCAAAGCAACAAACUACAUCUGGAUCAUCUGUGGCAGUCCAUCGUGAGAAUAAAGAUACUAAAAUAAGUCCAUCUAGAGCCAAACGUGGAAGAGAAGAAAAGGACCAUGAUGAAAAGGAGCAAGUGUUGACUCCAAGAAAGAAGAAACAACGGUCAGAGAGUAAUGAGAAAGUAUCAAAGCAUGAACCUGCAGCAAAGAAAAAGAAAAUAGUGAACAAGAAUGCUAAGCGUAGUAGCCCUCCUUCACCUAAUAAGAAAAAACUAAAAAAAUAG